AUGACUUCGACUCCAUCAAAAAUUACCCUGCAAGUUCCUGCCAAAAUCAAUCCUCAGAUUCGCGUGGGGCCCCUGCGAGAGGAUGGAUACCACGAUAUCACCUUGGCCUAUCAGGCCAUAUCGCUUUUUGACACCUUGACUAUUUCUCAAAAUUUGGAGGGCCCCAGCAUGAAUGUGACCGGCAUGGAUAGUGACCGCGUCCCAGCAGAUAAUCGUAAUCUGGUGAUCAAAGCAGCUUCUCUCCUCGGAAAACAAUUUGGUUUUGAACCAAGUUUUCAUUUCGAGCUUGCGAAGUGCAUUCCCUCUGAAGCAGGUCUUGGAGGUGGAAGUGCUGAUGCCGCAGCUGCUUUCGUGGGAUGCAAUAUCUUGUGGGGAUCCAAGGUCAAUGAUGACGUUCUUAUGGAACUAGGUGCACAGAUCGGGGAAGAUGUGCCGUUCUUUAUCAAGGGCAUGAUGGCGAUUGGCUUGGGCCAUAAACAGCCACUCGUCAGCCUGGAGGUGGCAGACCAUAAAUGGAUCUGGGUGUUGGCGGUCCCGUUCCGUGGUUUGUCGACAAAAGCUGUCUUCCAGGAACAUGAUAAAGUUUUGACUGGUUCUUUAUCCGAAGAGGAGGAGAAAUACCUUCGCAGACGGCAAGGGUGUAUUGAUGUUGCUUGGGGUACCACUUCACCGACGGAAUUGCUGCCCUUCCUUGUCAAUGAUCUCGAAUUACCCUCGACAAGACUGUUGCCGGAUAUAGGCAUUGCAUUAGAGGCUGGGAGGUCGCAUGGCGCAGUUGCAAGUUUGAUGAGUGGUUCUGGGUCAACAUGCGCCUUCCUGGCGAAGGAUGAGGCCCAUGCAAUGCACCUGAAAACAGAGAUGCAGAAAAAGACUAUCUUCAGGGAAAUUGUGAUCGCCUCAGGUCCUGUUGAAGGUGUUCGAGUCACCCAGACGUAG